ACACUUCGCUUCGUAUAUAUAUCCGACGGAUCUCUCAUUCGGCGCUUCAUCACAUUCUCUCUCAUCGAAAUUGGAAGAAAGUAGAGAUGGCGAGAAACUGCAAUUUGGAGCUUCGUCUGGUGACGCCUUCGGUUCAUUUCCAUUCCGCGGAUUACAGUGCUUCCAGGUCGGAUAUGGCGGAUAGUAGUUCGAAGGAGGAGAAGCAGAAGCUUACGAUAUUCUACAAUGGAAGAAUCACCGCCUGCGAUGUCACGGAUCUUCAGGCUAGGGCAAUUAUACUGCUUGCAAACCGAGAAACGGAAGAUGAGAAAUCGAUCGUCGAGGAGAAAACUUCGUCAACAACUGUGCAAUCUCCAGGUUACAAUCCGCCGAAUGGUCUGUACAUGAAGAGAUCGCUGCAAAGAUUCCUUCAGAAGAGGAAGAAUAGAGCACAAGCUACAUCUCCUUACUCACAAUCCUCCCAAUAGGAUUGGGUAACAGAUACGUUUGUUUUUACCAGAACUUUGAUUUUGAGUGCUAAAUGCUAAUUGAUUUGGAGACGAAAUGGAUUUAGAAAAAACAAAAAAGAGUUGCAUUUACACCAAAAAGAGAAGAUUUUGUACAUCCGAAUUCAGUUUAGAUUGAUCAUAUACAUGUAUACAUUAAAUUAUACCUUCAAACAAAUUGAAUUGAUUUUAUUUCA